AUGGCUACCUACCUCAUCACCCAAGCCACCGGCCGCCAGAGCCAAUGGACCAUCAAGCACCUCCUGGACGCAGGCGCCAAAGUCCACGCCGUUGUCCGCGACCCUGCAAAGGUACAGGCCAAGGUGCUCAAGGAACCAGGCGUCACCAUCUUCCAAGGCAACACCAACAACCUGGAGGAGAUCACACGCGCCGCCAAGGGCUGCAAGGGCGCCUUCCUCAACACCUACCCCAUCCCCGGCAUCGAGACCGAGCAGGCCAAGACCGUUGUCGAGGCCUGCAAGAAGGUCGGCGUCGAGUCCAUCGUUGCGACCACGACGUUCGCCACGGGACACAGAGACAGCUGGGAUGACGAUAUCACCAAUGAGAUCGGCCUGCACGGCUACUACACAUCCAAGGCCUCGAUCGAGGAUGCCGUCCGCCAGAGCGGCCUCAACGCCGAGUACAACUUCCCCGGCCUCCCCACCACGGGCGAGCUCGUCCACUCCUACGAGGAGAAUGCCAGGAUGCCCCACACCGACGCGAGUGACAUCGGCAAGUACGCCGCGGCGGCUCUGCAGAACCCGUCCAAGUUCAACGGCAAGGAGAUUGAGCUCAGCAACGAGCCGCUCACGGUCAAGGAGGCCAGGGACAUCGUCGCCCGGGUCAGUGGCAGGGAGGUGCGUCUGAGGAAGCGCACCCCUGCCGAGGUCGAGGCGGCAAAGACGACCGCCCCGGCUCAGGUCUGGCACCUCUUCUCGAACGUCAAGGACUUCAGCUCCAUUUUCGAGAAGGUUGCCAAGGUGCAGGAGGAGUUUGGGAUUCCGUUCACGUCUUUUGAGGAUGCGUUGAAGAGGGACCGCGAUGAGCUUCUGGCGACCAUUCCAGCUUAG